AUGUCUGCAAAUUCUGAAUAUGGGAAAGAUUUUGAAAAUAAUGCUAAUCUUUCUGUGCACAAAAACAUUCAUAAAGAUGAACAGUCAUGUUCUGAAAGAGAGAAAACUUUUAAUGUGAUAUCAAGUGUUGCUGACAAUCAGAGAAUUCACACAGGGGAGAAGCCAUUUUCAUGUUCAGAAUGUGAGAAAUGUUUUAGUAACAUAUCAAAUCUUGAGGUACAUCAGAGAAUUCACACCGGGGUUAAGCCAUUUUCAUGUCCUGAAUGUGGGAAAUAUUUUAAUGUUAAAUCAAAUCUUGUGAAACAUCAGAAAAUUCACACUAGGGAGAAGCCAUUUCCAUGUCCUGAUUGUGAGAAGUGUUUUAUUCGAAAAGAUCAUCUUGAUUUACAUCUGAGAACUCACACAGGAGAGAAGCCAUAUUCAUGUCCUGAAUGUGAGAAAUGUUUUACUCAAAAAUCAAGACUUAAUGAACAUCAAAGAAAUCAUACAGGAGAGAAACCAUUUCUAUGUCAUGAAUGUAAAAAGUGUUUUAAUCAGAAAAAACAUCUUGAUUUACAUCUGAGAACUCACACAGGAGAGAAGCCAUAUUCAUGUCCUGAAUGUGAGAAAUGUUUUAUUCAAAAAUCAAAUCUUAUUGAACAUCAAAGAAAUCAUACAGGAGAGAAACCAUUUUCAUGUCCUGAAUGUGAGAAGUGUUUUAAUCGGAAAAAAAGUCUUGAUUUACAUCUGAGAACCCACACAGGAGAGAAACAAUUUCAAUGUCUUGAAUGUGAGAAAAAUCAUACAGGAGAGAAACCAUUUCCAUGUCCUGAAUGUGAGAAAUGUUUUAAUCGGAAAGAAAAUCUUGAUACACAUCUGAUAACUCACACAAGAGAGAAGCCAUAUUGA